CGGAUGCGGCGUCUAAUCUUGUCUCGAGAACAGAGCAAACUCCAGCAUCCUUGGACUCGGGUUGUACUAUAACGUUGUGAUUUUUUCAAGCGUUCUUGCCAUUGCUUUUGAACAGUCGCAUUUAUUUCUGUUUCUCUUUAUCUAGUGUACAUCCUGUUUCUGUUUGUGUUUUUGUACCCUAGUAUUCUUGUUGCCUCGAAGAUGAACGACUACAAAAAUUUAUUGUGACCUGAAAACUCCACAGCACCCGCGGCAAUCGGCACUGGGCAACACAAGGGUGAGCCACCGAGCGCCAGGAAGCAGGAUGGGGGUCAUACACCAUCUGCGUUUCACCAGCAAGUAGGAGAGGAGAUUCAUAGUGCCAGGAGUAGAUCGCGCCACGGGAGUGAAAUAAACGCCGGCACGACUAGAUCAGGUGUGUAUAAUCAAAACGGCGCUUCUGGAGGUCACAAUGAUGCUUUUUACAACGGCAACAACGAAUACGAAGGAUCUAGUACAACUACACCCUACGAACAAGAUGAUCCGAGCCCUUUACAUGCGAGACCUGUGGCAAGUGCUGAGUUUGUGCAAAAGCCUAUGGAUAUUCCAGCCGCCUGGCUGAAGCGUGGGAGAUACACAGAAAG